GGUGAUAAGCCUUGCUCAAUGAUCGGUCGGACGGGGUGUGAAAUCUCCUCAGGCGGGGCUUAGCCUGUUGGCUGGCGGAGGGAGUACCACUACAUGCGGGCACAGCCGGAGCCUUGGGGACGAUUAGUAGCUUCUCGUAGCUUGGUUUGGGAAAGGUUGUUCCUUAUCGGACCGAUGGAAGUGAAUGUCUGGACAACUAGCUCUAAUGGGGUGAUUCUUGAGAUUAACGGUGGGUACACGAGCGGCAAGUCGGGAUGGGGUAUUCUGGGCAAGAAGGACGUGCGCCAGAAAAACAAGAUGGCACGAUGGUUGUCGCCCCGUGUCUACUCUAGCGGUCUGGAAAUGCCCAUAGAUGUAAGGGAAGGGGUGUCUGUCGUACUCCCAGAAGAAGGAACGUGGACGGACCUGGAGCCAGCCUAUGAAACUGUGAUGCUGGAUGAAAAGGACGCGUUCCUUUGGAUAGAGACGAUUUGGACUAAGGUCAUCCUGACGAGACUUUCACCAAGCUUGAUGGACUUAGAAUUCCAGGGAACAGUGGAAGCUCGAGGAUGGGUCUACCUAUCCCAGGAUAUGGAAAAUGAAAUGGUGAUAAGAUUGGUAUCAGGCACGACACCGGAUCAGUUGUUUAGGCAGGCGGAACGGGAGGUGGUAUGGGCGGCAUGUCAGCGGGCGGAAAUGGAAAUGGGAAAAGGUAGAGAUCCGGGAUUUGAUGAUGUAACGGCGGACCUUAGGGUAGCUAGGGCCGGAAGUUUUGAAUUGCCGAGCGAAAACAUUCGGAUGAGGCUGCCGCCCUUUCUGCUGGAAAGGCUAGGCGGACUGGAGCUUGUCAGACAGGCGGUUGCCGACCUCGCUGGUUUGACAUACGAAGACACGAUGGUACACCGAGAAUACUAUCGGGUCUUCCUAGAAAUGAGACCGUUUAGCGGAGAACAGAGGUAUGGAGUGUUGCGGACCCUGUGCGCCGUGCUUACCACUAGACCAAGGGCUCCGGUUGUCAGCGAUGGGGUUCUAUGGGGCGUUGUCCGACGGGAAAUAAGUCGGGGGAUGCCGUCUGUGGACGACUUACAUCGAUUGUAUGAGCCGACGGAGGCGAGGGAAAAGCAGAAGGAAAGCAAGGAGGGAGAAGGGACUAGUCCGGUCGGGGAGGUGGGUAGCUCUGAAGGGGGGCUCAGGAGGAUAGUAGCCACCUUCACCCGGGCUCUGAAUAAGAAUCAGGGGUAUCUCGCAGACGCAAAGAAGAAACUCACUUUCGAUGGUGCAAACAUCACGGAAUUCCUGAUAGAUUACGAGAACCUGGCCGCCUUACUGAAAUGGACUGAGGAAGAAAAGAUGGACCACCUAGGGCAGCACGUAUCGUUGAGUUUAGGAAGGGACAUUAUGGCUAUCGUCUCCUGUAGUGGAUCCUGGAAGGAAACCCGGAAUGAGAUGAUGAGAAAGUACCUGAAGGCGGAGAAAAUGGCGACAGAGGCUGAAUUGGCGGCAGUCCAAAGGAAAAACUAUGCUACUUACAAUGACUUUCUGAGGGCGUUCACCCUAGUGGCACUGCGAAUCCCCGGGGUAACGGACCGUGUAAUGAGUAAGUACUUUCUCAGGCAGUUCUCCGAGUUCGAUAAGGAUAAGAUCCUGUCAGCCUACCAGAAGACCAACAAGUUCGAAUACACAAGGGACGUGGACUUCAGCACCGUAACAGACCUUGCAGAAAAGACUGCGGUGACCGAGACGCUAGCCCUGCUUAAGGAAGGAGAGGUUAUAGAUCUGACCGGGAAGACGGGGGAUAAGGUCAAGAAGGGGAUGGAGAGUUUGCACGAGCGGGUGCACGGGGCCGAUAAUAAGAUAGAACGAGUGGAGAACGCGCUAUUAGUAAUGCAGGCACAAGUGUUCCGACCCGCCCUCCCGCCCCAAGAAGCCGUGGUUCCGGCAGCUGUAGCAAACCGGGGGUUUGGCAGGAGGGCGGAGGGCGCAGUGUCCCGGCCCUCCUCCGUGUACCAAGUCCUUGCUUGGUACAGUCCCUCGCGUCUGUGCCUCGACCUGUAGACGUGUCUUGGGUUUCCGUUGCUGUUAGUGCCUAGGCUGUGCUUCGGCUC